CGGUGCUCCUUGUUUCCUAAUCUCGCCCGUGCGUCCCUGUUUCCUCCCCACGGGACUCAUUUAACUUUGAUCUAAUCAAAUCUAAUCUAAUCUCGCUUUCUCUCGCCGCUCGCGCUUUCAUUUUCUCUCUCUCACAGCCGCCGUGGCCGUGCGGCACGCUCCCGUCAUCACGUCAGGAGGAGGCAGCCUGCUGGUGCUGAAGCUGACGAGGAUGAGGACGAUGAUGGCGGUGACGGAGGAACAGCGCUGAGUUCGCUCCGCUCAGUUUUCUCUCACUUCUUCUCCCUCCUUCUUAGUUCUUUUUUUUUUGACUGCAUAAGUAAAACACAAAACGUAGCGAUACAAAAAAGCGACACCGCCGAUUUGACCUAAUACCUUUCUCCACACCCCUCCCGUCUCCUGAGUCGAGACCGAGAUGGGGAACGAAGCGAGCAUGGAGGGCGGCGGGCAGCCCGGGGAGCCGGGAUCCGCUGGGAUGAUGGGGUCGAUGAUGCCUGGAGGACCCUCGCAGGGACCAGGACAGCACAUGAAGCCGGUCAACGGAGCAGCUGCCGGUGGAGGAAUGGGAAUGGGAGGCCCCGGGAUGGGAAUGACAAGGGGUCCAAUGGGUUCAAUGGGUAGUCCCAAGCCUGGCAUGCAACAAGGAGGCCAUGGAGGAGGA